GCGCAAGGCGUCCAAGAGCCCAAGAGCUGGACGAGUUUCUCCCUCCUCUCCCAAGAUGCCCGCGGUCGUUGAUUUUCCGAGUAUCUGCUGUACCCCGGGCUUUGGGUCUUCGAUCGGAGCCAGAGGCCCGACACCUUGAGAGUGGCUUCCGCGGGACCGAGGGACGCGGACCCCGGCGGAGGCGAAAAGGACGAGGUUCGGCCCGGAGCCCGACUAUCGCCCAUCGCCCAUGGCGGCCCUCGGCCCCAGCAGCCAGAAUGUCACUGAGUAUGUCGUCCGAGUUCCCAAAAAUACCACCAAAAAAUAUAAUAUCAUGGCUUUCAAUGCGGCCGAUAAAGUCAACCUCGCUACUUGGAAUCAGGCCCGGCUGGAACGCGACCUGAGCAACAAGAAGAUUUACCAAGAGGAGGAGAUGCCCGAGUCGGGGGCCGGCAGCGAGUUCAACCGCAGGCUCCGGGAGGAGGCGCGGAGGAAGAAGUACGGCAUCGUCCUCAAGGAGUUCCGGCCCGAGGACCAGCCUUGGCUGCUCCGCGUCAAUGGCAAAUCAGGCCGGAAGUUCAAGGGCAUAAAGAAGGGAGGUGUGACAGAGAACACAUCCUACUACAUCUUUACCCAGUGCCCUGAUGGGGCUUUUGAGGCCUUCCCCGUGCACAACUGGUACAACUUCACGCCGCUGGCCAAACACCGCACGCUCACGGCCGAGGAGGCCGAGGAGGAGUGGGAGAGGAGAAACAAAGUGCUGAACCACUUCAGCAUCAUGCAGCAGCGGCGGCUCAAGGACCAGGACCAGGACGAGGAGGACGAGGAGAAGGAGAAGCGUGGGCGCAAGAAGGCCAGUGAGCUGCGCAUCCACGACCUGGAGGAUGACCUGGAGAUGUCCUCUGAUGACAGCGAGGCCAGUGGCGAGGAGGGCGGCCGAGCCCUCAAAGCCAAGAAGAAAGCGCCGCCCAGCAAGGGGGGCAGGAAGAAGAAGAAGAAGAAGGGGUCAGAUGACGAGGCCUUUGAGGACAGUGACGACGGGGACUUUGAGGGCCAGGAGGUGGACUACAUGUCCGACGGCUCCAGCAGCUCCCAGGAGGAGCUGGAGGGCAAGCCCAAGGUCACCCAGCAGGAGGAGGGCCCCAAGGGCGUGGACGAGCAGAGCGAGAGCAGCGAGGAGAGCGAGGAGGAGAAGCCGCCCGAGGAGGACAAGGAGGAGGAGGAGGAGAAGAAGGCGCCCACGCCGCAGGAGAAGAAGCGCAAGAAAGACAGCAGCGAGGAGUCGGACAGCUCGGAGGAGAGCGACAUCGACAGCGAGGCCUCCUCGGCGCUCUUCAUGGCGAAGAAGAAGACGCCCCCCAAGAGGGAGCGGAAGCAGUCGGGCGGCAGCUCCCGGGGCAACAGCCGGCCGGGCACACCCAGCACAGAGACGGGCAGCACGUCCUCCACCCUGCGGGCAGCCGCCAACAAGCUGGAGCAGGGGAAGCGGACCAGCGAGACGCCGGCAGCCAAGCGGCUGCGGCUGGACACCGGGCCCCAGAGCCUGUCAGGGAAGUCCACCCCUCAGCCCCAGUCCGGGAAGUCUACCCCCAGCAGCGGCGACGUGCAGGUGACCGAGGAUGCCGUGCGCCGCUACCUGACACGGAAGCCCAUGACCACCAAGGACCUGCUGAAAAAGUUCCAGACCAAGAAGACAGGGCUGAGCAGCGAGCAGACGGUGAACGUGCUGGCCCAGAUCCUCAAGCGCCUGAACCCCGAGCACAAGAUGAUCAAUGACAAGAUGCACUUCUCCCUCAAGGAGUGAGGCUCCCCCCAAUAAACGUGCUCUGUUUUCUAGAA